CGUACAUGCGGACGCGUUCCAAGGCCGCCCUCGAUACGUUCGCGGAUACAAAACUGAAAACAAUCAAAAGAUGCUGCCACUGAAAUAAAAAGCAACAAGUGCGCCGCUAUUUUUAGGAACGAACGAAAUUUUUGAUGCACCGCCAUGUCUAAGCAAAACUCCAACAACGUCUCGCCAGGUGACGACACCUCUCUCAGGUCCUUGAGUUCUGAAGAUGUUUCACAAGCACCUCGGGGUUACUGUUGUGCGAAAUCUGCUAAUCCUGCUGAUGGGAAAGGACGCAAGCUUCACCUGCUUCAAAUGCUGGUGCUCCCCUUCAUCCCGAUAAUGGCCCUCAUAGUCCAGACGGCUGUUAUCCUGAAUAACAUAAUGAUCUACAGGCAGGAAGUCAUGGAUAUUGAAAAUCAGGUGACAAUUGCGGAAGAACUUGGUAAAGUAGUGACCCGUAUGCAGCUAGAGCGUUCCGAAGUAGCGUUCCAUAUCUACACUAAUGGUAGCAACUCACGGUCUAACCUUAGCACACGUUUCGAACUAACGAAUGCAGCUUUACAAAAUAUGAGCAGCUGGCCUCUAGUAUCUUUGCCUACCGAGGAUGGUAAAAUAAUGCUCCUAGAUAAAGACACGUUUCAGAAAAAACUAGUCGAAUUUAGACAGAAAGUCCUCAGUAAAGAAGAAAGUACAAUGGCAGACGUUCUACUGUGGUAUACUUCUGUUAAUGCAGCCAUGUUGGAUCACCUGACCAAUCAGAUCAAAGAAACAGAUAAUAGCGGUGUUUGGAGGUACCUGUUGGCUUUCAAAAACUUACUACGGAGUAUAGAAAGUACGGGUAUAGCGAGUGUGUAUGGUGUCAAUUACUUUGGGAGAGGAGUCCUCAAGAGCGCUAAUUAUACCAGUUAUAUUAAGCAUGAUUCCAUUGCUAAAGAUCUUUUAAACUCGUCUUUGAAUUUCGUACCUAAAAUGAAGGAUGAAUAUAAAAAACUAACCUCAUCUAUGCGUGGUUAUGGUAAAAUAAAACAAAAAAACGACAUAAUAACAAAAAAUGAGAGAAGACUACCAAAUAGUAAUGAUUCAUUGGAUUAUUUUGACUCAAUUGCCCAAUACACAGAUGAGCUAAGAAAACUUCAACGAUACUUACGUUACACAAUAAGAGAUUACGUGAAUGACGCCUUAUAUGAAGCAACGAAUCGAGAAGUGGUGGGAGUAGCCACUCUUGUCGUAGUAUUGGCAGUAUCCCCCAUUAUUAUAUGGUUGGUACACAACGCAGUUGCCACCAUACAGUUAUAUGCAGCCAAUUUAGCAAAAAAAGCAAAAGAACUAAAACGAGAAAAAAAGAAAAGUGACACUUUGCUAUUUCAAAUGUUACCGCCAUGCGUUGCCACUCAGCUAAAACAAACUCGACAAGUCCCCGCCCAAUACUACGCCUGUGUGACAAUAUACUUCAGUGAUAUUGUCGGCUUUACAGAAAUCGCAGCAGAGAGCACACCUUUAGAGGUGGUCACUUUUUUGAACAAAAUUUACAAAUUAUUCGACGCUCGCAUCGAAUGCUAUGACGUAUACAAAGUGGAAACCAUAGGCGACUCGUACAUGGUGGCUUCCGGGUUGCCGGUGACUAACGUUUUGCACCCUUUAGGAAAUAAACACGUUUGUGAAAUUGCAAGUAUGGCUCUAGAUCUUUUAGCUGGUUCCACGCAAUUCAAGAUUCCACAUCGAAAAACCGAGAGGCUUCGGAUACGUUCUGGGGCCCACACCGGCCCUGUAGUCGCUGGGAUUGUGGGCUCCAAAAUGCCUAGAUAUUGCCUAUUUGGGGACACAGUGAACACGGCGUCGAGAAUGGAGUCCACUGGGGAAGCUUCGAAAAUUCAUAUAAGUUUAGACAUGAAGAAAGCUUUGGACGUCAUAGGCGGGUACAGGACUGAACAUAGGGGUCUGGUGGAUGUAAAGGGUAAAGGUCUGAUGGAUACGUAUUGGUUAACGUGUAAAGAAGGGGGUGCUAAUCGCUCAGUUGAGAUGGAUACGCCCAGUUAUUUCCAGGAAGAUGAAGACAUGGAACCUGUUUUUAUGAGGAGAUUGAGAGACGAAAGUUAUUUUUAAGGAGAUAAAUGUAUCUAAUUAUUGAUAUUUUUAAGUGUUUAUAUGUUAAAUCAACAUUCCUUGAUGUUGCUGUGGUUGUUAUUAUUUUAUGAAUUUUUUAAUGUGUGAUUGGAGCGAUAAAUAAGUGUUUAGAAAUAAAUUUAU